AGUUUUCCUUUCAGCAUUUUCACGAUUGAGCUCAGAAUAGCACCGCUAACUACAUAAUUAAAACGAAAACAUUUACUAAAAUCAGCUGUUUUCCUUCAGUAAUUCAGGAAUGAAGCUACCUGUACAGUAGUCUGAGUGUCGUGAAAGCUGUAAUGUCCGAGCUUGGAGUGGAAACGUGAAUGCAACAAAAGUUUGGUCUUCAGAGUUGUGACAGCUACCACCAUGGAGGAAAAACAAAGCAACGCCGACUUCUCACCAGACCCCGGAGGAGCAGCAGCAGCAGGUCAUGAGCCGGAGAAAAUAACCAGCCACCAGCUGACCGAACAGAGCCGCUUUGCUUUUGCUGCUCUGUGCGCCGUUUCGGUGGGCCAGCUGUUUUCUGGGUCUGAAAACAGUGCGUUUAGGGAGCAGUACCUGCAGGACUUGGUCCAGUGGCUGGGUCUGGAUCAGUCGGUGAUGCCAGUCAUGGGGGCUUUCCUCUCAGGUCUGGGCUCUGAGGGCACAGACACCUUCCUCUCCAUCCUACAGGCUGAUCCGCUGGUGGCUGCUGGAGUCAUGCCCAUCAUACAGGGGAAGCGGCCCGUCAGCCUCAUAGGUUUCAGUCUUGGAGCCCGAGUCAUCUACUACUGUCUGCAGGAGCUUGCUAGUGAUAAAGGUAGUGAAGGAGUGGUAGAGGAUGUGGUCCUCCUCGGGGCUCCUGUUGACGGCUCUGAGAAGUCCUGGGAGAGAAUGGUCAGGGUGGUGGCAGGAAGAAUAGUCAACGGGUACUGCAGAGGCGACUGGCUCCUGGGGUUCCUGUACCGAAGCUCAGCUGCACAGCUGUCUGUCGCUGGGCUGCAGCCAAUCAACAUCCAGGACCACCGCAUAAUUAAUGUGGACCUCUCAUCUGUGGUGAAAGGCCACUUGGACUACAUGCGUCAGAUGGACACCAUCUUGGUGGCAGUGGGAGUUCCCACCAAAGAAGUGGCAGGGGCUUCAUUUGUUCUUCCUCAGUCUGUAAGAGCAACUCAGAAGCCUGUGGACGAUCUGGACCGUGCCGAAGAGCAGCAUCAAGCGAGCGAGACUCAGAAUCCUGCUGAGAAAGACAAAACGUCGUCACAAGAGAGCGCAGACUGGAGGGAUGAGACAGAGGACAUGGGCGAUGGCUGGGACAUUCCUGACAUCACAGAUCUGCUAGACUCGCUGAAUGAGACAGAACCAAAUGAUGGAGUCUCAGUUCUAAACAAUGUUUCCCCUAACAACGCCACAUCCUCUAAUUUCAUUGCUCAGAACAGCAGAGAGGAGGCUGAGCCAGAUGAUGAGCAGAUAUCCUGGAGCUGGAAUGACACACACUGGACUGCAGAUCACUUACACAAAUAAAAACCUGGAGAAGAGCGAGUUCCAGGACCAGCUCUGCUGCUCUCAGGUUAUUCUAUGCAACACAUAAGCUUCUGCAGUGGAAAGGCAUUUCUGUUGUUGACAGAGAAAACACGUGCCAUACAUGCAUAUGGCAGCUUUAGAAAUUGAAUUAACUACCUUGUUUUGCUACUUAAUGUACGGAUAAUUUAAUCAAAAUUUUGCAACACAAUGUUUUUUAUGAACUGUAAAGGUGAUUCAUAUUUUUCUCCUGUGAGACCAAGUACCCGUACAAUAGUUUAGUUUGCUGGUUAAGCAGAUGCUACAUGAUUGGAGGAAACUCUCAUCCUCCUUAUUUUACAUGUAGCCUGGUUGCUAUUUAUCUUUGGCCUUGAAAGGAAUGUCAUGCAUCAUUUAUUAGCAAGUGAAGUUAGUUUUAUAAAAGUAUUCACGAUCCAUAAAUUUAUUUCUCAUUCUCAUACGUUCUUGCCCGAUAUUUUAAUACUUUAUAUGAUAUGCUACAAAAAGUAGGGCAUAUUAGUGAAGCAAUAGAAAAGGACACAGUUUUAGAUUAAAUUAGGAGGUGCUUCUUGUGUUGGAGCAUCACAUAAAACCCCAAUGAAAUAUACAGAAAUAUUAAAGUUCAAGGGGCGUGAAUACUUUUGCAAACCACUAUAUUUUUAGUUUGGUAAAAUUCAGCUCCUUGUUCAACGCUUCGCUCCGUCCAGAGGGUCUGGACCCUCGGCUAAAUAAUUACUUCCUGGAGGCGUGGCUUCUGUUGAGCUUUUUAUUUUUACCCAACUGACGUAAUGUGCCAGUUGGAUGCUAAGAAGCUUACCAGAAAUUGUUUGCAUUGUAAACAACCAUCCUCCACUGUGAAGAGAGAAGAACUGAUCUGACCAAGGCGGCUGGUUAUGUUAAAUAUUCAUCACUGACUGAACUGCUUCCUUCACGUCCUCUGCUGCCCUUGCUAAAACUACAGGCAGAGCACAAUCUAAAACUGAGCAGAAGAUCAACAGCAUUGUUUUCCAAAAUGUUCUAGAAAAAACAAAGAGCUGGGAAAGUUGAAAAUUUGAUAGAGAUAUUUUGUAGAUUAAUUUCAGACAUUUUCUAGAAAAAAAAGGAAAUGAAUGAGUCCAAAAAUCAAAAAUGUUUGACU